CCCAUAUUCCGCUUGCAUUCUGUCCACCUUGACCGCAUCAGAAUAGAUACAUCUUCUGGAAGAGGAGUUUUUCUUCAAGCAUCAAUGGCGUCUUUGUUGUUUGUUACCCAAAAUUUCAAUAAGUUUGGGAUCAGAUACAGCUCCUCAAACUUUGGGAUUUUCUACGAUAGAAAUCUUGUUGGUGUCGUUGAGGUCCCAGGAUUCUACCAGCCACCUAAUGGCACUAAUGUGACGGUCAUCGUGCAUAUUCUGGUGAAGAGAUUUAGCAUCGGUAGAUUUAUAAAUGCGAAGACUGACGACAAGGGUAGCAACUCUUCUAACGGCACUGGAAUUGAAGUACGGAUAGUUGGUCGGGUUCGAGCGAGAAUUCAUGUUAAUAACUUCUCAUUUCCAGUGAUGAAGGUUAAUGUCGACUGCAGCAUAAAAGCAGAUUUUGGAGCAGAGACGUUUAGCAAGGGUCUAAAGUUCAUGAAGCCUAACAAGGAUUUGGUUCUAACUAAAUUCCCUCAUUUAUAUCAGAAGUGUUCAUUCGCGCUGUGUUUGUAAUAUAAUCUAACCUCGCUCACAAGCUGUACAAUUACAAAAAGAUUCGAGAAAAUCCGACGGAGCUAUCAUCAUGCAAAUUAACUCCGAAGAUGUUAUAUCAGACUAUCAAAAUGAGCAAUAUAUUCCAUUUCUCACUAUGAAGAUCGCAUUUUUCUCAUCAUCACUGGACAAAUAAUGGAAAAGGAUGCAACAAUCUGAUAAGAACUACUGCAAUAAAAAUGCAUCCAAGCAGUAAACAGAAUCACAGAAAAUUGUGAUCUUUGCUGAGUAAGGUUUGCCUUCAAGCCCAUCCUAGGCCAUGGCUAACUUUAAUAUGUUUUCUGGAUACUUGAAUCAAAAAAUAUCCCGUGGAUCACACCCACGAACUAGAGAUAAAAGGAAAAGAAGGAGAGAAAGAGAGAGUGCACAAUAACACUAGUUCUCACAGUAUAAAUUUAGUAGUCAUCUCUUGAAGAAAGGAUAUAUCACAGAAGUAUCUAGUAAUGAUAUAUGUUUAUUUAUGUUCUUAUAGGGAUGUUG